AAACGUAGCUUUCUUUAAUCGGUGAAGAAAAAAAGCAAUUUUCGCCGCAAAGAAGUUUCCUGUAAAUCCCACACCUUGAUCAGUGUUAAUUUCUGGGUCAAUUUUCUCCAAAAUCGGUAACGAAUUUGUUCACCUACAAUCCGUUCUUCAAGAUCCAAAACUCAGAAUCAUGCUUUCGUUAUCCUCUUCUUCGUUGGUACUUCCGAAUUUACACUGCAAUGGUUCUAACCGAUCAUUCGUUGUGGGAAGAAAGAGUAUUAGUUCGUUGCGUUGUUGCAUAGCCACUAAAUUCGAUAGUCUCUCUAAAUCAGGAGGAGGUCUGCGUAAACAGCUAGAGCCUGAGAAUGAUUCCGAUGUUCUUAUAGAAUGUCGAGAUGUUUACAAAUCAUUUGGGGAGAAACAUAUCUUGAAAGGUGUUAGCUUUAAGAUUAGACAUGGAGAAGCUGUUGGGGUGAUUGGUCCUUCUGGGACUGGAAAAUCAACAAUUUUAAAGAUCAUGGCUGGUCUUCUUGCUCCAGACAAGGGAGAGGUUUAUAUACGAGGGAAAAAACGAGCUGGUUUGAUUAGUGAUGAGGAAAUAUCAGGACUUCGUAUUGGCUUGGUAUUUCAGAGCGCAGCUCUCUUUGAUUCUCUAACAGUUCGUGAAAACGUUGGUUUUCUUCUUUAUGAAAAAUCAAAAAUGUCUGAGAAUCAAAUAUCUGAGCUCGUGACACAAACCUUGGCAGCUGUUGGUUUGAAGGGGGUUGAGAAUCGACUACCUUCUGAGCUAUCUGGUGGGAUGAAGAAAAGGGUUGCUUUAGCUCGCUCACUAAUUUUUGAUACAACAAAAGAAGUCAUAGAGCCAGAGGUGCUCUUGUAUGAUGAGCCAACUGCUGGACUUGAUCCAAUUGCAUCAACUGUAGUUGAAGAUCUUAUACGGUCUGUUCACAUGACGGAUGAGGAUGCACUUGCAAAACCUGGAAAAAUCGCUUCUUAUCUGGUUGUCACCCAUCAACAUAGCACCAUUCAAAGAGCUGUGGACAGGUUAUUGUUUCUGUAUGAAGGAAAGAUCGUUUGGCAAGGAAUGACAAAUGAGUUUACAACCUCAACAAAUCCAAUAGUUCAACAGUUUGCUACAGGCAGCCUCGAUGGACCAAUCAGAUACUAAGGGAUGCAAACCAAGACAAUAUUGGAUCGAAGAAGUGGUGAGGCAUGGUGAUACAUUGUCUGGAUUCUGGCAAACAUAUGCCAAUUAGUUGAGUUGUGUAUGUAGCCUCUCUUCUUGCUCCCAUUAAGAUUCUAAAGAAACUGUUUAGAGCAAAUGAUUCAAAAGAACUUCAAUUCUUCCAAAAACAAAGCUUAGCUUACUUGUAAUCUAGUGAAAUUAUUAUAACCAUUGGGUUU